AUGCCCGUUUCCACCGGGCUUUACAUGAGCCCGGGUAGCCCGUCCGGUUCAGAUAUGAGCGACUCCAGCGUAGUACCGGUUAUGUCUCUGUCCGAGUGCCACGUGUACAGACCCGUGGCGCGAUCUGGAGGGGUUCUGCCGCUCGCGGAAACGACGUCGUCUUCCAACGACAACAAUAGUAACAACGUAAAACAGAAGGAGAACGAUCCUACGACUUCGCUGUCUCUGUCGCUGCCCGGGGUUGACUCGGGCGAGGUGUCGAACCGGGUGGCGGCAACCGAGUUGACUCAGGCGCCGGUUCCGGUUCCGGUUCCGAUUCCGAUUCAGAAUCCGGUUUCAGAUCCGGCUCCGGCUCGGGCUCCGUUUCAGAAUAUACCGGUGGAAUUGUUGGCGGUGAUGCAGGGGAUGAUAAGGAAGGAGGUGAGGAGCUACAUGGCGGGGUUGGAGCAGAGUGGGAUUUGUAUGCAGCAGGCUGCUAGUAACGAUGGGUUUAGGAAUGUUGCUGUAAAGCGAAUUGGGGUUAGCAGGAUCGAGUGA